AGAAGGAAAUCACUUUCGUUGGCUAGUGGUAGACAACAUUCUACAGUGGUUCUAUUUUUCUUGUUCUGUUUGGUGAUAUUGGCAGCUUAGUUUAACAUAAAUAAGCAUAAAUAACAUAUGUGAGUUGUACUGUACAGGCAAACUGAAAGAGAACUAAGACCCAGUAGAGUUCUUCAGACAGCGGAACCAUGGCAGCUGUGGGGACAUGGGGUUUCUCUCAGCCUUCCGUGGAGAGAAUACGGUCCCUGAUUACCGCUGGAGGACACGCCACAGAUGCUGUAGAGGAGGCCAUGGCAGAGGUUGAAGAUGAUCCAAAGACUGGGCUUCACAUUGUGGGGAGGGGAGGAUUCCCUAACAGUGGGGGAGUGUUGGAGUGUGAUGCUGCCAUCAUGGAGGGCAUCACUGGCAGGUUUGGGGCAGUCGCAGCACUACGGGGGGUUGGGGCUCCGAUGCGGGUGGCUCGUAGGGUGAUGGACAGAAGCCCCCACAGUCUGCUUGUUGGGGAGGGAGCAGUAGCUUUUGCCCGGGAGCAGGGCUUUACUAUAGAGCCCAAUGACAACAUGCUGAGUGCACACUCAGCCAAGGCUUACCAGGAAUUUCUGGAACAGAAGCAAAGUGUCAGUGGACAUGACACACUUGGACUUAUAGCAUUAGACAACAUGGGGAACAUAACUGUUGGAGUUUCUACUUCAGGGGCCCCCUUCAAAUCACCAGGGAGGGUGGGAGACUCACCCCUACCUGGAUGUGGCCUAUACGCUGAACACAUGGUGGGAGCUGCGGCAGCCACAGGUGAUGGUGAUAAAAUAAUGUGUCAUUGCCCAAGCUUCCACGCUGUUCAACUGAUGAAACAGGGGUCAUCACCCAACAGGGCCUGUUACACUGUCGUGGAUGACAUCAUCAGGAGGACUGCCCCGGACAAGUGCUUUGAGAUUGGACUCAUCGCCCUGAAUGUGAAGGGUGAAGUAGGGGCUGCCUCUUCAGUGGAGUUUCCCUACACAUUCUGGAUCCAGGGGAAGGACUAUGUGGAAACAAGUACUCAGCUUCCAAAUUCCACAGAAAUGGAGGGCACAGAAAAAUGUGACACAUGUACUGUAAAAUAAAGGGUGUGUCAUUGUUAUCAGUGAUGUCUUGAAUUGUAUUGAUAGUAAUUGAUAAUAAAACUAUUUUAUGUUUACUA